AUGCGUCUGUCACUCUCCACGCUCGUCGCUCUCCUUCCCUUUUACCUCGAGGCCGUUACGGCACAGGGCUCCUCGGGCAACGGCAAGACGACGCGCUAUUGGGACUGCUGCAAACCGAGCUGCGGCUGGCCCAAGAAGAGCAACGGCAACUCGCCGGUGCAGACGUGCGAUAAGAACGACCGGGCACUCAACGACGGCGGCAACACUAAGUCGGGCUGCGACAACGGCGGCAACGCCUUCAUGUGCUCGAGCCAGAGCCCGUGGGCCGUCAACGAGACAGUGGCCUACGGCUGGGCCGCCGUCAACAUCGCCGGCAGCAACGAGGCCUCGUGGUGCUGCGCCUGCUACGAGCUGACCUUUACCAGCGGGCCCGUACAGGGCAAGAAGCUGAUUGUGCAGGCCACCAACACGGGCGGCGAUCUGGGUAACAACCACUUUGAUCUUGCGAUCCCCGGCGGCGGUGUGGGCCUGUUCAACGCCUGUACGAACCAGUACGGUGCGCCGAGCAACGGCUGGGGCGACAGGUACGGCGGGAUCCACUCCAAGAGCGACUGCUCGGGGUUUCCGGCGGCGCUGAAGGCCGGCUGUAACUUCCGCUUCGACUGGUUCAAGGGCGCCGACAACCCGUCCGUGUCAUUCCGCCAGGUCGCCUGCCCGGCGGCCAUCACGGCCAAGAGCGGCUGCACGCGCAACAACGACGCCAUCAACGAGACGCCCACGGGCGACCGCACCGUCCCUACGUGGACUCCGUGA